AGAGGUCCAAACUUUUUCAGUCAUUCGCAAAUUAAAAGGGCAGAGGGUGUUAGGUCGGCUGUACCUCAGAAAGCAAAGGGCCCUUGCCGUUCACCCUGCUCUCUCUCUCCGAAUUGGAAAGGGGCCAGCCUCCUGCAGAUUUCCUAUCUGCUGCUAACUCCUUUCUCAUUGGGAUUGCCGCAAAAUUUGAGUUUUGAAAGGAAGAGAGCCUUCUAGCUCGAAGGAUGACAGAGGUACAGCUGCUAGAACCUCCUAACAAGGUUGUUACUUUGAGUAUGCAAUCAACAUUUCUUUCACUCCAUAAUUUGGCUGGCCUAGUGAGAUACCAUCACUUCAGCUGCAUUACGGCUUCCAAAAGGACUUGCAUGUAUUGGGUAAGCCAGGGUAACAAAUGGUGUGACUUCUGCAAGAUCUAUAUAGCCAACAACCCUCUGAGUAUUAGAACUCAUGAGCUUGGUCAGCGGCACAAGGACAAUGUUGCUACAAGGCUUGCUGCUAUGCGUAAAGAGAAUGCGGCCAAGGAAAAGGAGCAAAAGGAAGCUUUGCGAGAUUUUGAACAGCUUGAAAUGAAGUAUAUCCCAUCCAACAGCAGUUGCACUCAUUUGGGUAGCCUCUAUCAUUUGAAAGCUAACCGCAGCUAUCAGAAGGAUUUAGCUGCUUUCAAGAAAGGUGCAGAUUCAAAUACUGAUACUUUGGAAACUGCUGUGGAUGAUCCACAUACAAAAGCAAGUUUAAUAACAUCAAAAGAUGAUGUCUCUGAGAAGUCUACUAUAAAAGUAUCAAAAGACUCUGGGAAAUAUAAAGGUGGUCCUCCUCCAGGGUUGGUUGUUUCAUCAUACAUGCACUCUAGGGGAUCCUCUAAGGGUGCCCCUUCAUCAAUUUCUGUUGGCAAGAGGAAGAGGGAAGAUAAACCUAAGUCUAUGUCCAGUGAGGAAGCUGCUGCGCUCCAAGCAAGAGAGGCUGCAAGAAGAAGAACGGAAGAGAGGGAAAAAGGUUUACUUGGUCUUUACAGAUCAUACUGACUUCAGAUAGUUGACUGCUCCAUCUGUUAUGCGGCUUACUUGAUGUUACAAAUAGAGUGCACAGCAAGAUAAGGAGGGACGAAGGAGAGAAGAGCAAGCGGCUGUGGAGCGUGCGGCCGUGGAGCGCGCGCAGCAGUAAAAAGAGAAAAGAAGAGAGAGAUGCAUGUGGCGGAGUACGUGCGGCGGUAAGAAGAGAGGAGAAGAGAGAUGUGCGAGCGACGGAGUGGCGCGGCGAUAAGAAGAGAGAGAUACACUAGAAGUGUGGUGGCAGUAAGAAGAGAGAUACGCACGCACGGUGGAGUGCACGCGGUGGUAAGAAGAGAGACACAUGUGGAGGAAUGCAUGCGUUGGUAAAAUCAGAGAGAAGAAGAAAGAGAACUGCACGGCAGAGUGCACAACACAGCUGACCCUGUGCAUGGCCCAUGGUUUCCACCCUACCACUUGUCAAGCUGCAUGACACUAAGGCUGCCACUUGGCAAGCCCAAGAUGCCACCUCCCAUAAGAGAGAGUUUAAAAGCCGCUUCUCUCCCUUUUGCCUCACAUUUUGAACCGACUCUUCCCUCUUGAAAUACCAAACUCCACCCCCUUUGAGCCUUGUGGGAGACUUAGAGUGAAGCGGAGGUGGACUAUUUGAGGGAUUAUGAAAGUACCGUUACACCUUGAAGGCCGUUCGUUAUGAAAGCAUGAUUCUUAAGCAUGAAAGCAUGAGAUUUAAGCAUGUAUUUCUAUGAAUUGUGAAAAGAAAAGGGUGUACAUAUGCUCUGCUUUUCAGGAAAUUAGGCCACCAAUUCUAUAAUAAAAUGAGUACUGAAAUUACUAUUGUUGAUCAUGAAAAGUUGUGAAUUGGUGCUCAUAUGCAUCUAGUAUAAGAUGUAAAAAGUUUCAUAUUAAUGUCUAACCUAAUUUGGGCGUAAUUGAUUGUUAUUUGAGACAUGCCAUGUUUACACUGUGAAAUUCCAGUGAAGUUUCAUGUUUUGUAGCACUCUGUUGACCUAUAAAAUGACAUCCAAAUGAUACCAAAUUGGAAAUAUGUAUGUGUCUACUAUGAUUUUGAUGUUUAAAUCCAGUCAAAAUUUUGUAUAAUUGGGGAGCUAUGAUUCAAAUUGUGAAAACACGUCACAGUUAGCAGGUUUUAGUAAAUUUCAAAACGGUUGCUUAUGUUGUUUUGAGCUUUUGAAUAAUCAAAUAGAAUCCAAUUUCUUUCAAACCACUUCCAUUUGAAAUAUCUACAUGUUUACUUAAAGUUUUAUGUUGAAAUCAUCUCGAAAUACCCUCUAGAUUGAAAAUGAUGCCCCUCAUAAGAGGAAUGUAGUGUUAGGACCAACCGAAAAUGAAUUCUAGCAUGUUUGGCUUAAAUUGGAAGUAUUAAUAUAAGGGAUUGUAUGCUAUAGACCAUGUACCUUUCAUACAAAGAAAUCACAAUUACUUGCAAUCAUCUUAUAUGAAAUCUAAUAGCUUGGGUAUGCCACAAAGUUCGAGAAACUAUCUUUUGGAAAUUUCUCUUGGUCAAUGAAAUAAAUACAGGUAUUCAAUUUUAUAUCUAGUGGUCAAGAAUAAUUGUGACCACCUUGUAUAAUUAAACUAUAAAUGAUCUCAAUGUAUAAUUAAACUAUAAAUUAUGUUGUACAACUUAUUUGACCAAAACUUUCCUCCCCUGAGUGGCAGUUCCUUCUCAAUGUUUUAAAACCCAAAUAAAUGGAGUGGAUCGUUCACCCCUUAGAUCCAUGUUACAUUGUUGGAUCAUCACCCCUUAAAUCCACGUUAGAUUGUUGGGAGUCAUAGCCCAAAAAAUGCUAAAAGAUAAUUAAAAAAAAAAAGAAAAUGUAAUAUAGGGGUUUAU